CACCGGCCAGAGAGAACGAACAAUUUGUAAAAGGUAGAAAGUGAUUUCGACGGGGAAAAACUUCCACACUUCUCUGGAUGAGGGAGCCUUCAUUUAAUUGUAAAUCACCACAUCAAACCGCCUGAAAAUUGGCAGCGUUUGGCCGAUAGAUUUCAAUAAGGGCCACGAUGAAAUUACAGAGUCGAAACUAAAUCUCCACCAGUGCUCACUUUCUCAAGGCAAGUGAUUACGUUUUGACGAAAUCUCGCUUAACGUUACAUGUGGACGAUGAGUUCUGCCGACGAAGAGAACGAUGAAGGUAUUGAACCUGGGCUUAUUGACGAAACGGACCCUGUGUUCCGUUCUGUCGCCGAAGCGGACGUGAGCUUGGAUGAAAUGAUGAGUUUGGCAUGUCGGCAAGGGAAACUCGACAUCGUGGAGUUGUUGUUGGAAAGCGGAGCCCAUGUUGACUAUCGUAACAAGGCAGGGAAUACACCUUUGUUAGAGGCAUGCAGUCAGGGACAUGUCGAUGUGGCACGUUAUCUGUUGGACCAUAACGCCAACAUCGAUGCCCCCACGGAGACUACUUCUGACAGUGCCCUCACCUGGGCUUGCACCCUUGGCAGCGAGGCCAUCGUGGAGUUGCUUCUGGAAAGGACGUCUGAUGUUGAACACCGUACCAAAGAUGGUUGUACAGCUCUGAUGUUUGCAGCUUUGGCUGGUCAUGUGAAAGUGGCUGCCAUGUUGCUUGAUCAUGGAGCGGAGAUAAAUGUUGAGUCAGAUAGCAACAAGGAUAGCCCCCUUACCUUCGCUUGUUGGAAGGGGCACUGUGAUGUUGUUGAGCUGCUUCUGGAAAGACAUGCCAAUAUUGAGCACCGUACCAAGGAAGGGUUCACUCCACUUAUGUUUGCCGCACUGGGGGGUCACACUGAUGUUGCUCGCAAGUUACUUGAACAAAAGGCAAAGGUCAAUGUACCAAGUGGAAGUAAUAAUGAUAUUCCACUGACAAGUGCCUGUUGGAAGGGUCACCAUGAUGUAGUUAAACUUCUACUGGAGUUUAAUUCCAAUAUUGAGCAUCGCACAAAGGAUGGGUGUACCCCACUUAUGCUGGCGGCACGGGAGGGUCACUAUUCUGUGGCUAAACUGAUUCUUGAUAGCAAUGCUGAAGUUAAUGUCCCCUCUGGUAGUGAAAAUAACAUCCCACUUACACUGGCUUGCUGGAAAGGUCAUACUAACGUGGUGGAACUUCUUUUGGAACAUAAGUCGAACAUUGAGCAUCGCAACAAAGCUGGUUGUACUCCUUUGAUGCUAGCCUCAAGAGAGGGACAUGUAGAAACCACCCGUCUUUUGCUGAACAAGGGAGCUGAAAUAAACACACCUUCAGGGAGCAAUGAUGAUACACCUCUUACUCUGGCCUGCUGGAAAGGUCAUGUUGAUGUAGUCAAUCUACUUCUCAAACACAACUCCAAGGUUGAUCAUCAAACUAAAACUGGCUGCACACCUCUUAUGGAGGCUACAAGGGAGGGGCAUGUAGCUGUGGCAGAACAGCUUCUAUCACAUGGUGCUGAUGUAGAACUUCCUGACAACUAUGGUCAGAGUCCUCUUUUUAUGGCCUGCUGGAAAGGUCACAGAGAUGUUGCAGAACUUCUCCUUGAAAAUGUUGCAAAUAGAGACUGCCGAACAAAAACUGGUAUCACCCCACUGUUCCAGGCAUGUCGUGAAAAUCAUGUAGAUGUAGUAGAGCUGUUGUUGGAUUAUGGAGCCAGUGUGAACGCACCAUUCCCAAACAGCAGGGAAAAUCCACUGACACUUGGAGGAGAGAAAGGUCAUGUUGAGCUUGUCUCCUUGUUACUAAGCAGGAAUGCAAAUGUUGAGUGUCACACCAAAAAGGGCUGCACUCCAUUCCAUCUGGCUUGUAAAGAAGGUCAUCUAGAGAUUGGUGUGCAGCUUCUUGAGAAGGGAGCAGACACAGAGGCUACCGACUCACGAAACAACACUCCACUUGUUGCAUCCAUGAAGAAUGGACAUGUGGAGGUUGUGGAGUGGUUACUGGGCGUUGUGAAUCACCUGCCAUCUGAAGAUCAAUGUCAGAAGUGUCUCGUCGCACCUGUGGAUGAUAAAGAAAAACAUGACGACAUGAUGCUUGGAAGAACAAAGUGCUACGACUUGGUCAAAAAGGCAAAGAAGGCAAGGGAACAGAAAGUACAGCGGAAUACUGAGAUCUUUUUGAGGGAACUGGAACACGAGAAAGAGAAAGAAGACAUCAGGAAAAAGAAGGCAGCAGCCAAACGAAGAGACAAGAGGAAGAGAAGGAAGGCAGCAAAGGACAACGAAGCGUUGUGUGGAGGACAAGUGGGUGAGGACCUACCUCUUGAGAACAGACCGCAAGAGAUGGUGGAUGACUUCGACCACGAUCAAGAGGAAAACGAGUGUGAUGUUGUGGACACCACACGAGAGCCGUGCUCUGAAGAGUUACUCACUGGAAAUAACCACCAGAAAAAUAAAACAGAAGAGAAAGAAUACCUCCUCGCACAAGAUGCACUAAAAAACAGACAGAUCACUGACGAUGAUAGAAAUAAACUCAAGAUUUGUACCAGUAACAAGAGAUCUACACUUGAUAGCGGUCGUUCAAAGCCUAAAAGACCUCUCAGCAGUACAGGGGACGUGUCCACGCCGCAGAACUCUCUUUGUUCCCAUGAAAAGGGCCGUGCUCGAAGUCAGAGUGCAGGGAAAGAAACAGAGUUAAAGAAUAACACUUUGCAAGAUAAGACUUCUAGAAAGAAGAGCGACGAACCUGCCAAGAUUACUAAAAAGAAAAGCAAUCCUUCGAACAGUGACAAAGUGGACUCUGUUAAGACGCAGAAAAUUGAGUUGAAGACUAAAACAACCAGCGAGGUCACACAGUCAGUGACGGUGAAUUGUGUGAAACCAGACGUGAAGCAGCAAAUUAAGGCUGAAAAGCCGUCGUCAAAGAAAGAAUCAUCCGAAAAAGCGAAUAGUUCUGCUAAUUCUAAAAAGAACUCGUACAGCAAGCAGCAAAGUGUCGGAAAUACAGCUUCUGUGGGUGAUAAAUCGUCCAGUUCAAAAGAUUGUAGCGUUAGUGGAGCAGUAACAACAAAAAAGUCAUCAGAUGCAACUCAGGCAUCGGUACGAAGAGGAAAAGAUACCGCAAAUGCUGUUGAUCAUAAUACACCGACGUCCUCUACACUCACUGACAGUAGGACUUCUACGAAGGGUACAAUUACCUCAGGCCAUUCGUCAAACAGUAGUAACAAAACAACACCUAUUGAAGGAGAACGGGAACACAAACCAAUACAUUCACCAAGGUCAAAACAACAGCACUCCCAGCUAGGGAGAGGUGAGGACAAUUGGAAAGAAGUCACACGGAGUACAAACUCGAAGACAGUAAUGUAUCAACUGACAGCCCCCAAUGCAAUCUGUGGGCGCGUCAUUGGUCGUGGAGGAAGCAAGAUCAACUCAAUAACAGAAGAAUCAGGAGCACAAAUAACGAUUGGAAAACCAGAACCAAAGAACCCAACGGACAGAGUUAUCACCAUCAAGGGGUCUAAUAAAGCUGUACAAAGAGCGAAGUUCCUAGUCACACAAGCCUUAAACACGCCCAGCACAAUUGGACAAACGACAUCUUCUGUGUCUACGGCGACCACAUCCAAUGCAUUGUCAUCUUCAGACAGGACACAAACCAGCACUUCUCCAGCUCCUGUUCGAGGUAACUAUGCUGCGAUUCCUUCAUCAUCAUCUUCAUCUGAAUGGCCUACCAUCGAACAGGCGAACAACAUGGCCGUACAGGCACCAGCGACGAAGCCGACAGUUUCUAACAUGAACGACAAACCGUGCGAAGGAACGAAAAGCUCACCAGAGCUUAGCGAGGGCAGUCAAGAAGUGUUUGAAGAUUCAGUUGUAGCUACAGCAGAUGUCGUUGUUUGCGGCACGGAAACAUCCAGUACCUUUUCGACCUCGACGCCUGUUGCUGCAGACUCCACUCAAACCACGACAUCCGCUUGGAAACCGUACAGGCCGUCCUCGCCUCAAAGCAUGGGCGCUUGUACCAGUGCGGUUACGACUAGUGGUAGUAGCAGUAUUACGGUGGCUAAUUCACUCGAGCCAAUUCACAGGCUGACUUUAGAAAGACGCAAUAGUGAUGUGCCAGGGCCGCAUAGAGCUUUCCAUUUGCAGGACAAACCUUGUUUGCAGUCUCCAGCUCAACCCAGAAGUAAUCGCGUAAGUGACAGGCAGGGACUAGACCCUGUCACGUUACAUGAAAGCUGGGAACCAAAGGUCUCCUCGUCCUCGUCCUCGUCCUCGUCAUCAACAUCGACGUCAUCAACAUCGACGUCAGUGGCAACAGUGUCAAUCAGCACGAGUGCCGUCACCACCGCAAAUCAUCGAGAUCAUCACAUCACACCCGAAAACCCUUUUGGAGUCAUCGGGGAAGUUUCUGUGGCCACCUCAGCCUAUCAGACCGAAGCCGCUGUUCCCGACUUCAAUUCUCAGCAGGAAAGCUUACUGCAGAACAGGGCUACUUCUUCUUCUGGGGAUGCAUCGACUUCUGGGUUAUUACUAUCUCCCAGGGAGAGAAACAAGUCAAAGCUACCCAGUUACUUUAGUUCCUGGGCUUCGCAAUCGUCUGGCUUCCCCGACAUAACUUCAGAGACAUUCCCGUCUGGAAGAAAAUUGGAGGAUCCGCUUCCUGGAAUGGAUAUUUUUACCAGCAGCCUUUUCAGCACUGGGUCUCUGUCGUCAUAUCCUUGGUCUACUGGUGAAGACAGCCGUGAAAACGAAGAGCGAGCUCGCAGUAUCAGCUGGUCUGGACAG